UUUCGUUCAAUGAAUGAGCUGGGGAGCAGAGACUAGGUUGGAACAGCCAUCACCUGGUUCUUAAUCCUAAGUUUUCGUCGUCAUAAUACCAAAAUAUAAUAGGCAGCAAUAUGCAGGAUUGAAAAGGAAAGCACCAGUUCUACUUUACCGCAGCAAACUGCAUCUAUAGGGAAACAUCGACAAUUUACAAUGGCGUCACUUGCUGGCGAAAAGUUAGCUGUUGCACUCGAGAAAUUUCAGAAGGCUCUAAACCAUGUCAAAGAAUUGAAAGAAGAAACGACAUCGUGUUUUCAAGAAAUAAUGAGAGAAAUACCAAACAUGGCUAUGGACAAUUUUUUGCUUCCGGCUGAGAGACAGGAGGUGGAAGAUGUAUUAAACUUGAAACCGUGCGUGAUUUUUACUGGUCAAACAAAUUGUGGCAAGAGUUCUCUUAUUAAUGAAAUUCUACAAAAGUCGGUGCUGCCAGCUAAUGAAACGCCUUGCACCGCACGACUGGUUAGGUUGACAUUUUCCGAAAAUCCGUAUUACAGAAUCGGUGAAGACGAAGAGGUGGCAAUGAAGGGUUCAAUUCCACGGCAAGUUGUACAAUUAGGUGUAGACGACAGGAGGGACGCCAAUGAGAUAGCAAAAUACGUAACAUGUGGGAUAAAAAAUGGCUUAUUGAAAUCAGGACUAGACAUUAUUGACUCCCCUGGCAGAAAUGAAAAUGAAGAACUGAAUCAGCUUCUGAAAAACGAGGUAGAACGAAUCCCCAUCUUAGUGUACGUGGUUGACGGCCACAAUCAACUGACAAUUCAGGAUGCAGAAGAUCUAAGGACGCUUUAUAACCAGUUCGUAGUUUUUUACGUGGUCAGCAAAGUCGAUUCAGAAGAUGACAGCGAUUCUGAUAGCGACUCUGAAUCUGGAGACGAGAAGGCAACACCCGCUGGAGUUAAACAAGAGCGCAUGGCAGUAGUCUAUAGCCGUCUUGUAGAAGAAGGCUUAUUAGAUAAGCAUACCCGGAUGAACGAGUGUCAGCUUUUUCACGGUUUAUCCGCGUGGAAACUUCAUGAAGCCAGAGAGUCCGCGAUGGCAGACAGCAAACAUACAGUGUAUCUUGCAGAUUUUGAAAAUUUCAAAAGUUGCCUCAUAGGACACAUUGAAGAAAUUUUGGAAGCGAAAGUAACAAUAGCGUGUAAUAAUCUCGCUAAAGCUCAAAAACGUUGCAUUGAUUCGCUUUUGUCUAAAGCAGAAGAUCCGUUAACAAUAGAAGAAACUUUAAAAGAUAUUGAAAAAAUCAAACUAUUGGAGCAGGAUUUCUACCGUAGGGUUGAACAAAAACUGACGGACAAAACACGCAUGGAAAUGUCCCUCAAAACUAUUUUAAGUCAAUGCCAGGAGGAACUGGUUGAAGACAUUGGUCAGAUCACAUUUGAGAGACAACAUAACAUUCAAGAAGGGGCGUAUGUUACUGGUGAAGAAGCCGUUAAGAAAUGUGGAGAUCACGUGAAAGAUAUCUUGAUUACACGACUUAUCGAUAAAUAUCAAAAAGGAUUAAAGAACAUAUUCCAAAAUGAAGAAAGCUUGAUGCUUGAACUGCAGAGAACACAAAAUUUGAAAAACACCAGGGAAGGUAUCAAGCAUGCGCUAGUAUUAGUCUGUUCAUUGACACAAAGUCUCUUUGACAGCUACAAAAUACCACUGGAUCUAAGCAAAUGUGUGAGGAACCUUACAUUUUGGGGACGCCUAAAAGAAGGUUUAUGGAACUUUUUCCGAGCAAUAGCCCACCCGAUAGACUUUAUCCGUGGUCGAACGAUGAUAACAGUAAAAUGGAAGCAGGGCAUAGCCAGGAAAUUUUUAGCUUCAAUUGAUACAAUGAAUUUAGCUUCCGAAGUUGCUGAAGCACUCAAGAGUCGUUUUGACGUCGCCCACAUAAAUUUUCAAGAGAAUAUAAUUGAACACAAAAACAACGUUGAAAGAUCUUUGCGCCUCAGUAAGGAGCAGCUAUCUUCCAUUCAGCAGGUCGCACCAAAGAUGGCCUCAGUUGAACUCCGCACCAUCGGCAUUUUAGAUGUAUUAAAGUACGGAACCCCGACAUUUCUGAGACAGAUCGGAGAAGGAGGGCAAGGGGAGGUCUGGGAGGUGACAGCGAGAGAUAAGGCUAAUUAUGCUUUGAAACUCGUUGGGGACCCUGGAUCCGAAGACCUCCUGGGAAAGUUGGCCCUUGAAAUACAUUACACGCGAAGCAUCUCCCACGAACACGUAAUGCCGGUCCUGGGGAGUUUUGUUAUUGAAAAAGAUGGCAAGCAGCACUUAGCCGUCCUCUACGAACUCAUGGAAAGUGAUGUUAUGCAUAUGCUUCGUAACGACCCAGGGGAUCUAAAGAUUCGGCUUGGAAUUGGGCUGCAAGUGGCAAGUGCUUUAAACUACAUGCACAGCGCGGGACUCAUGCAUCGAGAUAUCAAACCGGAAAACGUGUUGCUUGACUCAGAAAAGAAGGCAAAGCUGGCAGACUUUGGGCUAUGUAAGCCAUUGGCUAUGAGCAACCAGACUAUUUGCGGCACACCGCUGUUCCUAGCGCCCGAGAUACUUGACAAGGAAGGCUCGUACGACCCAUCGGUAGAUGUUUAUUCCUUUGGUAUACUCCUGUGGUUCUUGUGUGAUGGUAGAGGUAAAAACCCCUUAAAUGUGGUAUGGCUGGCUCUCUUUGGGCUUUGUGGCUUUUGUAGACUUGGUGAACGACCCGAAAGGCGUCCUAACUUCAGUGAUGAAUGUUGGCAACUUAUGACGACUUGCUGGGACAGUGACCCCAAAAAGAGGCCAAGUUUUGAUGACAUCAUUUCUAAGCUAAAAGCUAUCAUUGCGAAUUUGUAAAUGGCAGUCUAUUCUAUAAUUUUUUUCACAUGCCAUAGAUAACAAAUAGACACAGUUUAUUCUUAUAAGUAGGGGAUGGAAACAUUUUGUCUGAAAGAAAAACAAGAUCCGUGGUUAAUUGAAAAAGACCAUUUUAGAACCUGUUGCUUAAAAAGAACAUCAAAAUUCAAGAACGCAUACGACGAUAAGAAUGAUGACAUAUGGCAAAAAUGUUUUAUAUGACGAAAGAAGUUUAAAAUGACUAGAAGAAGCACUAGUUUUGAUACAGGUAUCUAUAGGAAUGCAAAAUGUAAAAACUGACACUCGGUAUUCGGGUGAACUAUUAAAGAUACAAUUAAAAUUUUCAUUAAGGUAGCAUUUUGUUCCAAUAAUUUAGACUUAGAAAGUGUCUUUAAAGCAGUAUAUUGUUUGUUGCGAGCCUCUCUAGGGAAAAGGACUGAUAACUAAAUAUAUAUGUUUAUUUUUAAAAAUCAUAUUUGUGAUUUUGUAAUAUUUUUAAACCUAUCUUUAUCAAUAACUAAACUUUUACAAUAAAGCGAAUUGGUUAGAUCUUGCUUGGUGAAGAGAGAAAUGAAACUAUUUAAAAGAAUCUUAAAGAUGAAUAAUGUCUUUUUAUAUUCAUUUUAUAUUCAAGAGGAAGGAGGAUAGAACAUGCAUACAUAUACAUCACGUGAUCACAACAUGUAGUGGCAUCUGAAAGCAACACCUUAAGAUUGUCAUGCACGUCGUGGUAUGACGGGUCCUAGAAACUACAUUUUAUUGUUGCAACUUCGAACAGAUUUAGGUUAACUAUUACAAUAUGUACAAUAACACACAACAAACUCCAUGUCAGUAGUCAGUAAAGUGGCAUCCCACGCCAUGCUUAAUCAAAUAUUUAAAAGAGCAACCUCUAAACUAGGUACGUAGUUGCCGAUAAGUAAAUCGUUACAAAAUACUUAACAAUUACAAAAUUAAAAAUUAUUUCCCUUUCAAAUUUAUGAUAAUUCAAAAUAGAAGAUUAUUAGGUUGCUCAAUUUGGUAACUUCUCAGAUAUAAUUGUAAAUGGUGAUAACCCUUUACUACAUUGUGUAAAUGAUCAUUAGUGAAUGUUGCAUAGUUUAUGUAUACUUGGUAUUACAAACCUGUAAACAAGUUAAGAGGUUGCAUUUCAACGGUAAUAAUUUUUUUAUUAGUAACUGAUCUAUUAAACCACAUGCUGGGCAUCGAGUUUGAUAAAAGCAAAAUACAUGUAUGUAUAUCAAAAAAAGGGUAUAUGGGUUAUUUCACACACUAGCUUUUUUAUUCUUGAGUAAGUUUUAUAAUGAUUAAAAAUAUAAGCAACUAGAAAAAAUCCAGUAUACUAGUACAGCUGCCAGGGUAUUCCUUGGGAUACACAGAUUUACUCCUCUUCUUGCCAUAGAAGGAGAUAUAGGGUGGAUGAGAACAAAAUAUGAAAGAUGGUUGCACCUUGUAGAACUGUGGAACAGGCUGGUUAACAUGGGACGAUAAGAUCACAAAACAAUUUUCCUUAGAGAUUACGAUUUGGCAAAAGAGGGAAACAUUAAAUGGUGUGCCCACCUUUCUCAUUCUUAAGCUGCCUGUGAAAUGGACCAUUUGUUUAAUAAAUUAGUUACUUGUGA